AGUUAGAAAAGAAAACAAAUUUAAAAUGGCUGCCGGCUUUUGAUGACGCUAAAUUAUUGUCCUAUUUUCUAUUUUGUGUUAUAAUUGGCUAAACGUUUAAGCUUUGCAGCUUAUUCAUAUUUGUGAAUACGUGAAAAUACUUUAAGAAAUCCGGAACUCUUACCAGAAGCUCUGUAAUUAUGUACGACGAUAGGCGUGGUGGAGGUCGAGGUGGCGGCCGUGGUGCUCCCAGGGGCCGCGGCGGCGGCGGGCGAGGCGGUCCCCGGAGGUCUGAUGACCGCUCGGAGGACCGCGGUGGGAGCCGCUUCGGCGGCGGUGGCCGGGGCGGCCGCGAUGGUGGGCGAGGGUUCGGCGGGCGGGGUGGGCGCGGCGGGCGCGACGACCGCGGCGGCGGCUUCGGCAAGAACGACCAGCCCGGCGGCAACCUGCGCAAGAUCCGCUGGGAUAACGUCCAACUUACCCCCUUCCAGAAGAACUUCUACAUCCCACACGACAACACUCAGAGACGCUCGCCAGCUGAAAUCGAAGCUUACAGGAGCCAACACCAGAUCACAGUCAAAGGCAGGGAUGUCCCCGCUCCAGCCAUCUAUUUUGAUGAAGGAGGAUUCCCAGACUAUGCUAUGAGGGAAAUUUUGAAACAAGGCUUCCCUAACCCUACACCCAUUCAAGCUCAAGGCUGGCCCAUAGCUCUGUCUGGACGUGACAUGGUUGGAAUUGCUCAGACUGGUUCUGGAAAGACCCUGGCAUACAUCUUGCCUGCCAUUGUCCACAUCAUUAACCAGCCGAGGUUGCUGAGGGAUGACGGUCCCAUAGUAUUGGUUUUGGCACCCACCAGAGAGUUGGCCCAGCAAAUUCAGCAGGGUUUAUGUGCCAUGAAUGGCAUUGCUGCGGAAACUCUGGACAGCGACGCCAACCAGCACAUUGUGGCUAAUGACUUUGGUCAGAAUGUGCAAGUGCGGAACACUUGUAUCUUCGGAGGGGCUCCCAAGGGGCCGCAGGGGAGGUGCCUGGAGCGCGGGGUGGAGAUUGUCAUUGCUACACCGGGGAGGCUCAUUGACUUCUUGGAGAAAGGCACAACUACCCUGAAGCGGUGCACUUACCUGGUGCUGGAUGAAGCUGACAGAAUGCUGGACAUGGGCUUCGAGCCGCAGAUCAGGAAAAUCAUUGAACAGAUCCGACCAGACAGACAGGUCCUCAUGUGGUCGGCAACCUGGCCGAAGGAGGUAAAGAACUUGGCCGAAGAGUUCCUCCAUGACUACAUCCAGAUCAACAUCGGCUCUCUGUCCCUAUCGGCCAAUCACAACAUCUUGCAGAUAGUUGAUGUCUGCGAAGAGUGGGAGAAGAAUGAUAAGCUUAUAACAUUGCUUACUGAGAUCUCGUCUGAGGAGGAAACUAAGACUAUUAUCUUUGCUGAGACUAAGAGAAAGGUGGACGACAUAACAAAGACCAUAAACCGCGCGGGGUGGCGCGCGCUCGCCAUCCACGGGGACAAGAACCAGCAGGACCGGGACUACGUGCUGGGCCAGUUCCGCAACAUGGCCGGCGCCAUCUUAGUGGCCACUGACGUCGCCGCGCGCGGGCUUGAUGUGGAGGACGUGAAGUUUGUGAUAAACUACGACUAUCCGAACAAUUCGGAGGACUACGUGCACCGCAUCGGGCGCACGGGCCGCUCGCAGAACACCGGCACGGCUUACACGCUGUUUACGCCUAACAACUCGGCUAAGGCUAAAGACCUGAUGUCGGUGCUGCAAGAGGCGAACCAGGUGGUGAACCCGAGACUUCUGGAGCUCGCGCAGUGCGGGAUGGGCUUCAAGGGGAAGUAUGGUCGCGGUCGCUACGGCGGCGGCGGCGGGCGUGACCGGGACGACGACUCGCGCGGCGGGCGCGGGGGCCGCGACUACGGGGGGCGCGGGGGGCGCGGCGGCCGGGACAUGCGCGGGGGCGGCCGCGGGGGAGGCAGCAGAUUUGGAGGCGGCGGCGGUGGGGAGAGGAGCUCCCGCUGGGACGACAGCAACAACGACCGCGACACGUCCUCGUACAACAACGGCUCGAGCUACCGGCCCAGCGGCGACGGGUACCGCGGGCGGGGCGGCGCGCGCGGCCGCGGCGGAUUUACCGCCCCCGCGCCUGCGCAGUCCUACGCGGCGCCCGCCCCCGCGCAGCAGCAGUACAGCAUGCCGCCCCCGACUAGCUACUAUAAUAUGUACGCGCAGCCGCCGCCACCGCCUAUGCAGUAGAGUGGAGGUGGAAUUGCGAGAGAGUAUGCACAGGGGUUUCGAAAGUGGUGUUGAAGUGAAGGUGACUGUAAAGUUGUAGAACAAAGGUUGUUUUGAAUGAUGAGCUGAGUCAGUCCUUCGAGGCUUGUUAUACCACUUUCGCAACAGCCUGUAGAUCCGUAGGCGACAAAGGUAAUUUCUUUCGCAUGGUACUGAUUCGGCAUUAACACAAUAUCAGUCGCAUGUGCUGUCUGUAAGUGUUCAGCCUGCAAGGUGGAUGGUACUCUCUCGGUUUUGUAUUUGAGGGUAGUGAGAUGAAAUAAUUGAGGUAUACUGUGAAGCCUACAGUUAGUAGGUGGUGAUACGGAUAGUGUAAUCUGGGAUCACACGGAUAGCAUAUUUGAAGCAGUAAUUUGGAGCAGUAAUUUGGAUUACUUGCCUUCAUGGUAUAUAAGAAUUUAAAUAUUUUAAUUAGGUUGUAAUGUAACUGAAAUAUGUCUGCAUUCAGGAUAAGUAAAUGAUAUAUUAUGUUAGUUAAUGUGAAAUGUCCAUGAAUGAUAGAACUUACGACCCUUCAAAAACUUGUUUGCUUGAGUUGAGUUUCUUCCUGCUACAUAGUUUAUAUUUCAACAAUCGUUGCUGGUUCCAACAUCAAUUAAUUAUGUAAAAUCUAAUAAAGAAAACUGUGCCUCUUCGUUAACAGUAUAUUCCGUGGUAUGGUAUGCUAUUUAUUUUGUGUUGCGGUUCUCAUAGAAACAUGUUAAAUAACAUUGUGAAUGUCUAUAGAGAUUGUAUUGUAGAUUAUUAAUAACUAAUAUUUAACUUCAGAGUAGUAGCAACCUUAAAAAUAUGUCGGUUUGAAGCUCUAUCUAUGUAGGUAUCGUGUUUUGUUAAAUUCACAUUUUAUUGUCCAACACAUAUCUCGAUUUUCCUAAUAUUGAAUAAGUACAUUCCCGGUUAGCGACGGAUUACAAACAAUUUAUUACUUGUGCAAUUCCACAAUAAAAAUAUACAAUAAAUACAA